GCGUUUCUUGCCCGGUUCCCCUCCCGGCCCCCGGCGCCAGCAAUGGAGCGCUCCGAGGCCUACUACUUCUCGGCGGCGCUCAGCUGCGCCUUCCUCGCCUCGUGCCUACUCUUCUCGGCGCUCAACCGACAGCAGCGCUCGCCCUACAUGGACGAGGCCUUCCACGUCCCUCAGGCGCACGCCUACUGCGAGGGGCGCUUCCAGCAGUGGGACCCCAUGAUUACUACACUUCCUGGUUUAUAUUUGGUGUCAGUUGGAAUUGUGAAACCUGCAGCGUGGCUCUUUGGGUGGUCUGGAAGCAUAGUCUGCUCUACAGGAAUGCUCAGAUUCAUCAAUCUUCUCUUCAGCAUUGGGAACUUCUAUUUACUAUAUUUGCUUUUUUGCAGGAUGCACCAUAAGAAGGCUGCCUCUGGAUUCCAGAGAAUUCUGUCAACCUUGACGCUCGCAGCAUUUCCAACUCUUUAUUUUUUUACAUUCCUUUAUUAUACCGACACAGGCUCAACCUUUUUCACUCUCUUUGCUUAUUUAAUGUGCCUUUACGGCAAUCAUAAAACGUCAGCCCUGCUUGGGUUCUGCGGCUUCAUGUUUCGUCAGACCAACAUUGUAUGGACUGUGUUCUGCGGAGGAAGUGUCGUUGCACAAAAACUAAGCGAGGCCUGGAAGGCAGAGCUGUCGAAAAGCAAAGAGCAGAAGAACUCGCCUGCAAAGGGAUCCUUUUCAGAACUCCUCAGACUCUUCAGGUUUCUCCAGGCCUACCUCAUGUCACUUAAAAACCUAACCACUCUCUUUCUCUUGACAUGGCCAUACAUCAUGAUGGUGCUGGUUUUCUUCACUUUUGUGGUCCUCAAUGAGGGCAUUGUUGUUGGCGACAGGAGCAGCCAUGAAGCCUGUCUGCAUUUCCCCCAGCUUUUCUACUUCCUUUCUUUUACUCUUGUUUUUUCCUUUCCUCACCUAGUAACCCCUGGCAAAAUGGUCAAUUUUCUCCGUUCCGUCCAGAAGCAUUUUUUGCAAUACAGCAUCCUCACCACCGUCUCUCUAUUCCUCGUCUGGAAGUUUACGUUUGCUCACAAAUACUUGCUUGCAGACAACAGGCAUUACACAUUUUACAUAUGGAGAAAGAUCUUUCAAAGACACGAACUAGUGAAGUACAUAUUAGUUCCAGUCUAUAUAUUUGCUGGCUGGAGUUUCACGGAUGCCCUGAAAUCAAAAUCUGUUUUCUGGAAUUUGGUAUAUUUUUUAUGUUUAUUUGUUGUCACAGUUCCCCAGAAGCUAUUAGAGUUCCGUUACUUCAUUUUGCCAUAUAUCAUAUACAGGCUGAAUAUUCCUGUGCCAUCGCUUUCUAAACUUUUCCUGGAAUUGGCUUUUUAUCUUUUGGUGAACGUGGUGACUUUCCAUAUCUUUUUGAACAAACCUUUUCAGUGGCCGAACAGCGAGGAAAUCCAAAGGUUUAUGUGGUAA